UGAUAGAAAUAAAGGCAGGAAAAUGAGGUCGAGCAAUGCUGAAACUCCUGCUCUUCUGCGCAAUGUCGCAUUAGCCUGCGUCAUUUUAAUCCUGCUGACCGAUAAUGCGAGGGCGCAGACUGACACGUCGACGCAGCCCUCGAUAAAUAGAGGUGCAGCACGGCAAAUGUAUGGAAGCGGUAGUUUGCGACAGACGGGCAGCCUGCCAAUUCUUGGCAGCACCACUGAUUUACCCCCUCGUCGUAACAAGGGCAAGGAGGAGCCGAAAAAUGCCUUGGGACGCAAGGAAGAUCACGGCGGCAAGAGUCAUGAGCACGAAAUGGAUAAAAGUCACGAUGGUAUCGCUGAACAUGCCCAUGAAUCCUCAAGUCGUUUCGGAUACGGCAGUUAUGGCGCAUCGAGUCGUCAAAAAAUGCACUCGUUACCACCGGACUUUUACGGGCGCUCGCCACUCCCGGACGAAGGCUUCGACGACGAUGCCGAGGAUUUUCCGAGUUAUCGGAAUGGUGCCCCCGUUAAUGGAAUGCGCCUUCAGCCCGGAUCCGGCGGCAAUUACGGCGGACAGGGUAGAAAUGCUAAUAACGGACGCGGUAUCGAUGGUGGCUUCGUCCAUGGUAGUUUCUACAGCAGCUCGGAUACAGGAUAUGACGAGGCGGAUCGAUCGAGAUUUCGAACGGAGAUGGAGCGUGGGCAUGGAUUUGGGCAGCACGGGGAGCCAAACGAUCGAUUUGGAACUGAUCACAAGGCACUUGUUCAAGAAGCGGAAGAUGACGACGAAAGUAGGGUGGAAGCGCCUAUUACCUGCGAGUCUAUUUGCACAAAUGAACAAUUUUUAUGCUACAGCACAUGCACUUGUAUUGCGCUUGAAAAUAGAUGCGACGGGGACAUGGAUUGCGAGAAUGCCGAUGAUGAAUUGAAUUGCGAGGGCUUCGAGGGACAUCAUUUCAAUGACACUUGCCAUGAAAAAAGAUCGGUACGAUGCCCAACAUCUGGCAAAUGCAUCGCCAAAGAAUGGCUGUGCGAUGGUGAUGAUGACUGUGGAGACUUCUCGGACGAAUCUCACUGUGGACCUCAAAAGAAUUGCACCGCUGAACAAUUUGAGUGCAGAAAUGGACUGUGUAUGCCACAAAAUUGGAUUUGUGACGGUGAAAAUGAUUGCAAAGACUUUUCGGACGAAGAGAACUGCAGUAAAAAAAAGUUGUGCUAUGACAGCGAUUUCGUGUGUCUCGAUGGAACUUGCAUUUGGGAUUAUUUACGAUGUAAUGGCCAAAAGGAUUGUGCAGAUGGAAGUGACGAAUUAAAAUGUGAAAUGAUCGACAUUCAGUGCAAAGAGCAUCAGUUCCAAUGCACAUAUCCAAGAUGUAUUUCGCUAUUAUUUAGAUGCGAUGGAGAUGAUGAUUGCGGCGACGGCAGUGACGAGGAAAACUGCCCAGCAGCAACAGACGCCAGUUGUAAUACUAACGAAUUCAGAUGCGCAAGUGGAUACUGCAUAAAUAAGAAAUGGGUCUGUGAUAAGGAAAUUGAAUGUCGAGAUGGGGAUGAUGAACGCGAUUGUCAAUAUCCUAUGCCUGAAAAUUGUUCAUCUAAAGAGGAAUUUACGUGUUCACCUGGCGUGUGCAUACCACGCUCGUGGGCUUGCGAUGGUGUACCCGAUUGUUCGAACGGUGAGGACGAAGAAGGAUGCCAAAUUGGCUGUGAGCUCACCCAAUAUCUUUGCAGAUUUAGUACCAAUGAGAGCAGGAGCAGUGAUUUAUUAGGCAACUGGAAUUCACAUGGACGUGAUCCUCAUCAUAAUUGUAUCAGCAUGAAGUACGUUUGUGAUGGCGAAUCCGAUUGUCCCGAGAAGGAUGAUGAAGAAAAUUGUCCGAGAAAGGUGCAGUGUAACGAAAAGGACAAAUGUUCACAAUUAUGUAUUUUAACUAAUGACAAUCAAAGAGCUUGUUCGUGUAAGCCUGGAUAUUCUUUAGCAAAGGACAGCACAACUUGCGAGGAUAUUAAUGAAUGCGAAUUUGAAAAAGAUCCAGUGUGUAGUCAAUCGUGUAAAAAUACAAAAGGCUCUUUUAUAUGUGAGUGUGCAAAAGGAUAUAUUUUACGUCCAGAUUUACGAUCGUGUAAAGCUUUAGGCGCUAAUCCGACUUUGCUUCUUGCAAAUAGAGUGGACAUUCGACAGGUCAGCAUUAACGGUCCAAAGUACACAUCCGUCCUUAAAGGUCUCCCUAACGCAAUUGCCUUAGAUUAUCAUUACAAGCGUGGUCUUAUCUUUUGGUCGGACGUUUCGAUGGAUGUUAUUCGUAAAGCUUAUGUCAAUGGGAGCGGAAGCGAUGAUUUCAUUCGCUGGGGCCUCGAGAGCACGGGUGGUAUAGCAAUCGAUUGGAUCCAUGAUCUCUUGUUCUGGACUGAUUCGGGAACUAGACGCGUCGAAGUCAUUACUCUCGAUACUCGUGUGCGACACGUGCUCGUGUCUAGCGACAUAGACAAGCCACGAGCAAUCGCAGUUCAUCCACAUUAUGGUUUUGUCUAUUGGACUGAUUGGGGACCGAAUCCGAAAAUUGAACGUGCCGACAUGGAUGGCUUACAUCGAUCCGUAUUAAUAAAGGACAACAUUUACUGGCCAAAUGGAUUGACGAUUGAUUACACGACCGAUCGUAUCUAUUGGAUCGAUGCCAAGCAUCAAGUUAUCGAGUCUGCCCAUAUUCAUGGCACCGAUCGUAAAAAGAUCGUUACGCGAGGUCUUCAUCAUCCGUUCGCGAUUACAGUUUUCGAAGAUGCGGUUUACUGGACCGAUUGGCACUUCAAAAGUAUUUCCGUGGCUAAUAAAAAUAGCGGUCACGGAUUCAAAACUAUUCAUUCGGGGCUACACUUUCCCAUGGAUCUUCACAGUUAUCAUCCACAAAGGCAGCCCGACUAUGUUAACCACUGCGGUAAAAAUAAUGGAAAAUGCUCGCACAUGUGUCUACCAAAGAACAUGGGCUACAGCUGCGUCUGCCCAGUUGGAUUAAAAAUUAAAAAAGAUGGCAAAACCUGCGCUGAAAGCGCUGACAAUUUAUUGGUAUUCGCGAGAAAGAAGGAUUUACGAUUGAUUAGCUUGGAUCAAGUGGCUAAGGCAUUUGACAUUGUAAUACCACUCGAUAAUAUUGAAAGUGCCGUUGCUCUUACUUGGAACUCGAAUGAUGAUAGCAUUUAUUGGACAGACGUCGAGGCCGACUCGAUUUCCAAAGCUAAUCUCGACGGAACCAAUCAGCAAGCCAUCAUUAGCAAUAAUCUUGAAUCGCCAGCUGGACUUGCAAUGGAAUGGAUAACAAACAAAUUAUAUUGGACCGAUGCUGGGACAAAUAGAAUAGAAUGUUCGGCUUUAAAUGGAAGUAUGAGAACAUUAUUAAUUUAUGAGGAUCUUGAUAAGCCGAGGGAUAUUGUCGUUAAUCCAAUAUCCGGCUAUAUGUAUUGGAGCGAUUGGGGUAAAAAUCCAAAAAUUGAAAUAGCCGCAUUGGAUGGCUUGGACAGACGAGUUCUUAUAAGUACAAACCUAACUUGGCCCAAUGGUUUGGCUAUUGAUUUUGAAAAGAAUCGGCUUUACUGGGCCGAUGGUGGGACCAGUAAAAUAGAAUACUCCGACCUUGAUGGAAAUCACAGAACCACCAUAAUACCAGCUUCCGAUACAAAACAUCCCUUUGGUCUUGUGAUCUACAAAAACAAAAUAUAUUGGACAGACUGGGACACCAUGAGCAUUCAUCGCGCUGACAAGGAUACCGGGAAAAAUGUAAUAGUUAUCCGUUCAGGCAUUACAGGACUUAUGGAUGUUCGGGUUUUCCAUAGGACACGGCCGACCAUACCCAAUCCUUGCGGUAUCAAUAAUGGAAAUUGUUCGCAUCUUUGUUUAUUAGUACCUCUGCCCAAACGCUACAGAUGCGCUUGUCCCACUGGUCUAAUUUUAUCGCCCGAUGGAAAAACAUGCCCAGAAAUGCCAACGAAAUUUCUUCUGAUGUCUCACCGCAUUGAUAUUCGCGUUCUGUCGUUGGAUACAAAUUAUACAGCCGACACAGUCUUAUCUGUUGGGCACAUGAAAAAUGUAAGUGGAGCAGACAUCGAUUUGGAAAGUGGACAUAUUUAUUGGACCGAUCCUGGCCAACCUUACACAAAGCUUAUCAAAAAGAUGUCCUUUAAAGGUCAAUCCGAAGAGACUGUGAUUGAUGGCUGCAUCGACACCGUCGAUAGUCUCGUGGUUGAUUCGAUUGGUAAAAAGCUUUAUUGGACGGAUGUUGGACUGAACAGCAUCGAAGUGAGCGAACUCGAUGGCACGAACCGCAAGGUUCUCGUCUGGUCUGGGCUGGAUAAUCCUCGUGCUAUUGCCCUUCAUUACCCAGCGGGUCUCCUAUUCUGGUCGGAUUGGGGCCACAAUGCACGAAUAGAACGCGCCGACAUGGAUGGCGAACAUCGUACGGCCGUGGUCACCGAGGGUCUCACCUGGCCCAAUGGUCUGUCAAUCGACCAGCUUGCCAAUCGAAUCUACUGGAACGAUGCGAAGAAGAAGGUUAUCGAGAGCUCGGACCUCCAGGGUCAGAAUCGCAGGAUUAUUGUUGAGAAGGUCGAGCAUCCUUAUGGAUUGGCCGUUGUUGGGAAUUAUAUUUAUUGGAGCGACUGGCAGGAAAAGGCAUUGUUAAAAGCUAAAAAGAACGAUGGUAAAAGUAGGAGGAUUGUCCUUGGGAAUCUUGAAGGUAUAAUGGACUUGCGUCUCAUCGAUGUAAGACAAGUGCAGCCUGAAAAUUCUUGUAAUAACAAUAAUGGCGGAUGUUCUCAUUUGUGCUUGCGUAAUACCAGCGGCUAUACUUGCGCUUGCCCUACUGGUAUACUGAUAAAUAACGACAGAAAAACGUGCAAUAGUACGCCAACCAAUUUUUUGCUAUUAGCAACGAAGAAAACAUUGGUCAGAAUGUCAUUGGACACGCCAGAAAUGUGGGAGGUACCGUUAACGAUGAAGCACGUACCACACGCUUUCUCCGUUGAUUUUCAUUGGCAGAAGCAACUUAUUUUUUACACGGACGUCGAUGUUAAAGUUAUUAGAAGAGUCAGUGUGCGUAACUUCAACGAUGUGAAAGUCGUAGUCUGGGGACGCAACGUUUCCACUCCGUUCCGCCUUGCUGUAGAUUGGCUUGGUAAUAACAUUUAUUGGACCGAUAUUAAGCACCAAUUAAUCGAAGUGGCUCGACUGGAUGGCUCUUGUCGCAAAAAAUUAAUUGAAAAUCUCAAGUCACCACGUUCGCUCGCCAUAUUUCCAAACGAGGGUUACAUUUAUUGGGCCGAAUGGAGUCAUCAUCCAACCAUCGAACGCGCUUAUUUAGAUGGCAGCAAUAAAAAGAGUAUUAUAUCAACGGACCUGAGUCUGCCUAAUGGACUGUCGAUAGAUUAUGCAGCUAGAAAAUUAUAUUGGGCCGAUGCACUGAAAAACAGAAUCGAGGUCUCGGAUUUACACGGGAGGUACAGAAUCGCUCUUGUACCUCAAGCCGACAAUGCCUUUGGUUUAUCGCAGUAUGGAAAUAAUAUAUACUGGGGCGACUGGUUCAAAGAGAUGAUUGAACGAGCCGAUAAGAGAACGGGGAAGAAUCGAAAUAAAAUUCGCACGGCUUUGGAUGGUACUGCGGAGAUUCGAGCAGUUUCCGCAGAAAGACAAACUGGAUGGAAUCCUUGCGUUAUUGACAACGGAGGCUGCAGUCAUCUUUGUUUCUACACAAAGAAAAAUUACACUUGCGGAUGUCCCGAUCAGCCGGACACUACUCCUUGUUCUGCAGUACCAAAGAGGUGGAUACCACUGCGUAAACCUGGCACCGAAAACGAUCCAAAUUACGACAUUAUCGAUGAUGAAGAUAUACCACCAACAAUCAAGACAUUGAUUGGGACUAAUCGGAAUCAAGGCGAUAACAAGCUAAACGAUUAUAAUCGAAAUAGCAGCGAUACGAUAAGUCUGCGUACAAUGAUUACCACUACGGUUAUUCUCCUCAUAAUCACUGUUGCCAUAAUCAUAAUAAUCAUUUACUUGCAAUGUCCGCGUAAGAACAAACGAGAUGAUUAUACGUACAACAAUCGAAGGAAUGUGUUGACUUUCUCGAAUCCUAACUACAAUGCCUCGGCAGGGACGGAACUCGCGACACCGACGGUUCAACAGCCCCAAGACAAAAAGGGCUUCAUAUGGAAAAGGCUAAAAUACGAUAAGUCCCAGGAGCGAGUGUACGAAGACAACGGACAAACAUCGAGUCCUGAGGUCGUGUCCUUGAUACCCCCCUCGGCGACGCCCAGCAGCAGCCGCGCGGCCUCCGUCACCCCCAUGGAGUCCUCGCCUCCUGCAGUGACGCGCGUCACCGUUCAGCGCCUGGAGCCGUCGAUCGUUAAGGGUUCGAAGCUCCGGCCGAUCGUCUGAGACGAAGCGACUGUUCGGCCAAUCAGUCUACACAUGUAAAUGGCGACCUUGUGCUUCUCAAGUUCCGAGUCGGACGAUCUCGCCGCCUCCUAUUAAUACCGAAGAUACUGCCAGCCGG